UUACUUCUACUUCUAUACUUAAAAUAAUUAAUUAGAAAAACUUUUUCACUUUUUGGAAAACUGAAAAAAAGACAAAAGUAUAUGUAAUCUGAUUAUUGCACGAUGUAUUGUCUUUUCUUGGUAGGUACACUAUAUAGGUACUAAUUUUAUACAAAAACAAAGCAGACAAAAACUAUUAGUGUAACAAAAGUAUACCUAGUUAGUUAGCCCAUUGAACAGUCCAUAUUCACCAUAUAGUGUACUAUAUAACUAUACCUAGUGUGUAUAGAGAGGUGGGUAUCUUCAAUCGUUCAAUUCAAUCAUAACAUCUCAGAUAUAUAUUAGGUAUCUUAAGGUGGUUAUUGCAGUCAUCAGUAUCAGUACAAGUGCGAACAAUUGGUUGUUAACUGUCACACUUAUUUACCUAUACUUAGUAUCUCUGACUCAGUGUUGAGUGCAAAUAGUGCAAUUUUACUUUUACCUUCUACUAUUCAGUCAUCUAAUGCGCAGUAUGAGAUUAGUGUACAGCCUGUGCAUCAUUUUUAUCGAGGUAUUACGUGUAUUCUAGAUGAUUGCUAACUUCUAUCACUGGUCUACUACAAUCAGAGAAUUGUCAGGACUACUCAUGUGUAUUAAAGUUAAAAGUGCCUAAGAUCAACCUAGGUAUUUGGUUUUAUCUAUAAAAAUAUUGGCAUGUUAUUCUGAAGCACGAGGUACCUACAAAUCAAAUAGCUACUACAAAUUCGGAGCCCUGGCUACCAUGUCGUCGCUCAGAUCCUCGUCAUCGGGGGAUCACGGCCAACGGCGCAAUGAGCGAUCAGAAAACGGAGAGCACGGCACCAACAGCAAACUUUCUCUCAGGCAAAUCACCUACGAUGAAGACUGGAUCAUGCCAAUAGCUUUUAGCAAAUCUAAGCACUCACUGACCAUAGAGGCUGUCAAUUACAUCAGUCAAAGCUGGCGAAUGAAGGAUCGGAUGAAAACGGUCAGCGUUGCGCUAGUGCUAUGCCUGAAUGUUGGGGUCGAUCCUCCAGAUAUCGUCAAAACGCAGCCCUGUGCCCGGCUCGAGUGUUGGAUCGAUCCUUUGUCCAUGAGCCCACAGAAGGCUCUGGAGACAAUAGGCUCCAAUCUGCAAAAGCAAUACGAGCGCUGGCAGCCUCGUGCCAGGUACAAGCAGAGCCUUGACCCUACCGUUGAGGAGGUGAAAAAACUCUGCAUAUCCCUCAGGAGAAAUGCAAAAGAGGAGCGCGUUCUUUUUCAUUACAAUGGCCACGGUGUUCCCAAACCCACUAGUAAUGGAGAAAUAUGGGUGUUUAACAGGACAUACACUCAGUAUAUUCCUCUGUCAGUUUAUGAUUUGCAAACCUGGAUGGGGGCUCCAAGUAUUUAUGUGUAUGAUUGUUCCAAUGCAGGUAUCAUUGUAGAUUCUUUUCAACAAUUUGCUGAUCAACAUGAAAAAGAACAUGAGAUGGAAAAACAGGCAAUUCAGCAAAACCGAUCGGCAGGUGUUAUUCCUGUGACACCGUCUUUUAAAAAUUGUAUUCAAUUAGCUGCUUGUGCUGCUGAUCAGAUUUUACCAAUGAACCCCGAUCUUCCUGCUGACUUAUUUACCUCUUGCCUUACAACACCCAUCAAGAUUGCAGUGCGUUGGUUUGUUAUGCAAAAUUCAUCAAAGUUAAUACCAAAGAUAUCUUUGGAUCUAGUAGACAAAAUUCCUGGCCAAUUAGCAGAUAGAAAAACGAUGUUGGGUGAACUUAAUUGGAUAUUUACCGCUAUUACAGAUACAAUAGCUUGGAACACCCUACCAAGAGAUUUGUUUCAAAAAUUAUUUAGACAAGAUUUAUUGGUUGCUAGUUUAUUUAGAAAUUUUUUAUUAGCUGAACGAAUAUUGCAUUCGUAUGACUGUACUCCUAUAUCAUAUCCAAAGCUUCCAUCUACUUAUCAACACCCAAUGUGGCAAGCUUGGGACUUGACUUUAGAUUUAUGUUUAACACAAUUACCGGCUACCUUGGAGUCAGAUAACCAGUUUAUUCAUUUACCUUUUUUUGAACAACAAUUAACAGCUUUUGAAGUAUGGCUGACUUUUGGCUCCAAAAAUCGUAAUCCUCCUGAACAAUUACCAAUAGUACUUCAAGUGCUGCUUAGUCAAGUCCACAGGCUCAGAGCAUUGGAGUUACUUGGGCAAUUUCUUGAUCUUGGACCAUGGGCAGUUAAUUUAGCCUUAAGUGUCGGAAUCUUUCCUUAUAUGUUAAAAUUGUUACAAAGCAGCGCUAGGGAACUUAGACCUCUUCUCGUUUUUAUUUGGGCUAAAAUUCUUGCUGUUGAUAACACCUGUCAGACUGAUUUAGUUCAAACUAAUUGCCAUUUGUACUUCCUAUCUAUUUUACAAGACCCGUCUAUUCUAAGUGAAUAUAGAACGCUGGCGGUCUUCAUUCUGGCUUGUAUAGUGAAAAAUUACGCAGAAGGUCAGAAAGCUGCCAUGAAGUCAUGUUUGCUCACAAUCUGCCUGGAAUAUUUAGGUGAUCCUAAUCCAUUAUUUAGACAAUGGUUAUGCCUUUGCCUUGCAAGACUAUGGCAUAAUAAUGACAAAGCUAGAUGGUGUGGAGUGAGAGACAUCGCCCAUGAAAAAUUGUAUACCCUUUUGCAAGAUCCCGUACCAGAAGUCCGGGCCGCAAGUGUAUAUGCAUUAGGGACUUUUAUAAGUAGUGCCACUAAACGAAGCGAACACGCAAAUAAUAUAGAUCAAGCUAUCGCUAUGACAUUAAUGACCACUGUAACUUCUGAUAUGUGCCCUUUAGUUAGAAAAGAAAUGGUAGUGGCUCUUCAAUGGAUGGUACUUCAUUCGGAAAACUCUUUUGUUACCCUUGCAAUUGCAGAAGAAAACAGCCGAAAAGAUUUAGGAGUUGAUACUUUUUAUCCUUUUAGUGGAAUGCGAAAAGUAAGCUCUAAAGACAGAUUAAAAGUUUUAUCACCAAGUAGUACUUUUUCUUCAGACAUAACAGACGGAUGUGGUUCCGAUAAGAUGAAAAGGGUAAAUUCCGUCUCGUCGAUCAGUAGUUUAGGAAAUAAUUGGGAAUUUGUGAGGAAACCCUGUGAAUCAAUGGGUCAUAGUUCUCUUGGAAGUUUACCUAGUCUUUCGUAUGGAAGCGUCUAUAUGAAACUAUGGCAUGGACUGUGUGCUCUCGAUAAUGACCCGCAUCCAGGAGUUGCUAUUUUGUCUCAAAAAGUCACUAAUUACAUUCGAAGUCAGCUCAAAGAGUCUUCUACGCCUAAGGAAGUUAGUAAUGCUAAGGUGUCAUCGUCUUUGUCUUUACCACCAUCUCCAUCAAAUAGAACGAAUUAUUUAAGUAGUAAAGGAGAGUCACCACCAAUUGUCAACCCGGCAAAUGAUCUCCUGAGGUCCACAAGAUUAGCGGGCCACACAAACCGGGCGAGGAAACCUAUACCUAACACGAUAUCGGAAGAAUCAGAUGAAACGCCAGGAUUUAGAAAACCAUUAGUGACAUCCGAAUUUGUUGAAUGGAGUUGUGCCCAGUUUGCUCAGCCUGUGCAUCACGAUGCAGAAGCUGAAUCCGCGCAUGACUUUGAAAGUCGUGCGCAUUAUGAACGUGAAUGGCGCUACUUAAGGAACAAACGACAGAAAAAGGAGGUAAUAGAAGAGCAGCUUAAAGUUGUCAAUGGGCGUAUAGAAUUUCAAGUAUUUCACGCUCGUUGUCCUCAACAACCGGAAGUUUUGCUUUUCCAUCCAUUUGAUUCUCAUUUAGCAGUUGCUUGCAAGGAUUAUUUUGGCAUCUGGGAUUGGCAUAGUGGAACUAAAUUGACUUAUCACGCUAGUCGAGGAAAUAAACCGUCCCGUAUAACAACUUUAGAAUUUAUAAAUUCUCAUGAUGUUGCGUUGUUAAUGGUAGGCUCAGAUGAUGGAUCCAUUAGAGUUUGGAAAAAUUAUUACAACAUGCUUGGACGAGAACCCACGCUACUGACAGCGUGGCAUGGUCUGACUGAUCUACCACCCGUUGUCAAAGGUUCAAUAGGUACUGCAGGGUUAGUCACAAGUUGGGAACAGCGUUCGUUAACAUUAGCAGCAAGCGGUGAUGUAAAAAGUGUUAGACUUUGGGAUGCAGAGACAGAAUUAAAAUUACAAGACAUACCAACAGGAGCUGAUUGUUCUGUUACUUGUUUAGACACCGAUGGCAUAGGCAAUAUGAUGGUACUUGGUUGUGCAGACGGGUCCGUGCGUCUUUUUGAUCGCAGACUGCCAGUUAGUGAAGCUAGAGUUAUGACAUUUAGAGAGCAUAAUGCGUGGGUACUCGGAGCAUGUCUUAAAAAAUCAACAACCUCAUCGGUCAAACUAAUUACUAGCUCCUCGUCUGGUGAAGUUAGGUUUUUCGAUCUUAGAAAAAAUUCUUCCAUUAAUACGGUACAAACUCUGCAAGGAAUGACAGCAUUUGCGACACACGAAACAGCUGACAUAUUUGCAUGCAGUUCUACAAAUCAGUGUAUUAGUAUGUACAAUAUUUCUGGACAACACUUGAAUACUAUAAAAUUCCAUGAAGGAUUUAUGAGUACAAGAAUUGGUCCUGUGAGCUGCCUUAAUUUUCAUCCCUAUCGAGUUAUGCUUGCAACUGGUUGUGUAGAUAGCACAAUUACAGCUUAUGCUUCUGAACACCGCAGAUGACCAUCGGAUACAGAGCUCCUCUAAAAUCGUAUUUUUCGUCAUAUUAAAUUAAUGGAUCCAUAAAAAUAGAGCAAUACUUUUUUAUAUCAGCCUUACAAUGACGCAAAUGAACUUUUUACUUGAUGACUUAGAAUUUUUUUUGUAUGGUUUAUUUUACUCCAUGCGAAAUAAUGCGAUUGUUAAAUACAUCAGCCCAACAUUUUAUUCCGCAACGUUGAUUGUUUUGUAUCGAGGGGUUAUUGACCGUUUUACAUCUUGUAUAUGUUGAUAUGAUAGAGGUUUAUAAAGUACUGCAAUCUACUGUUAUGUAAAUAAUGUAAAAUAUGAAGAAAAAAUAACGUUGAUUCAUUGUCAUGUACCUUGACGUCUAUGUGAAUAUGUAUAAAAAUCACAAAUUAGUGAACAAUUUUUCAUUGAUUAAACAUUUUUCCACUUAAAUACGAGUGAUAAUUAAAAAACGACCUGCUUAAGUAGUUUAAAUGUGAGUUGUUCUUGAUUAAAUUCAGUUGUAAAUAUUAUAUAAAAUAAUCUCAUGUAAGUUACAUUUAAUUUCUACUU